ACGCCAGGGAACCCUUAAUUCGAUCUGUGACUUCGGCACUGUUGAGAAUGUGGCAAGUUGGCCCCUGCUAGCAACAAAAUAAGACAAUGUGUGUUUUUGCAUGUUGAUUGUCUUCGUUUCUAGCUUCAAUAUUAUGAGUUCGCUUGUCACUCCCGGUCCUUACAGGGCGACAAAACUGUGGAAUGAAGUUGCAAAGCUUUUCCGAGCGGGAAUGCCUCUGCGAAAACAUCGGCAGCACUUCAGAGUGUAUGCGAACUGUUUUACUGCUGUGGCAGCUGUCGACUGGUUGCAUGAACUGCUCAGGAACAAUAGUAACUUCGGACCAGAUGUCACCAGACAACAGACUGUCCAGCUGCUGAAGACGUUCCUCAAGAAUCAUGUAAUCGAGGAUGUAAAGGGCAGAUGGGGUUGCGAAGAUUUCGAGGACAACUGCCAUCUCUACAUGUUCCCUUCUCUUUUGAAGGGAAUUCCCCAUUGCCCACUUGUGUCAGGGCCUGCAUCCGUAAAGAAGAGUUUCUCAAUGAGGGAAAAGGAAGGCUUCAAAUGUAGGAGUUCCAAGAAACUGGACAAAGAUACUGUAGAAAAUGUGGUUCGCUCAAAACAAGAUAUGGAGACUGAGCCUGUGAGCGAAGUGGUACAGCCCAGAGUAUUAACAGAGGAAGAAAUCCAGGAUGUUUGGAGAGGCAUCACUCUCACACACCUGCAGAAAACAUUGGGAUUGACCUCACUUGAGGUUGUUUUGGAUCCAAGACACAUCAAUCCUCAAAACAUUGUGUACAACAUGACCAUUGUGAACAAGCAUGGGGUUGUUACACUUGAGGAUAAGACGGAUGACCUCCCACACUGGGUUUUGUCUGCAAUGAAAGGUCUUGCAAACUGGCCGAAGUAUGAUGCCAGCCAGCCAUCCUAUCCUGGGUUUGAGAGGGAUGUGUUCAAAACGGUCUCUGACUACUUCUAUAGCCUCCCUCGGCCAAUUCUCACAUCUGAAUACUACAAGUUGUUUGUCAACAUCUUGGGUCUCCUCCAGCCUCAGUUGGAGCAGGUGGCCAUUGAGGCUCUGCAGCUCUGCACCCUGUUUCUGCCUCCUGCCAGCCGAAGGAAGCUCCAGCUGCUGAUGAGAAUGAUCUCCCGGAUGAGUCAGAACAUGGACCUGCCUCGGCUCCAUGACGCCAUAGCAACACACACACUGAUGGCGCAUAUGUUCUCUCACUGCGUGCUGGGCUGUAAGGAGGAGAUGGACCUGGAUGAGCUGCUGGCCACCAGACUGGUCUCCUUCCUCAUGGAUCAUCACCAGGAGAUCCUCCAGGUGCCUGUCUAUCUGCAGAAUGCAGUCCAGGACCACAUCGCCUACCUCAGGAAAGUGCAGAUAACAUAACAUUGUUGGUGCCCCUGUGCCCGUCCACUCCUUUUGUAGACGGAUCAGCACCAAAGAGUUUGAUGAGUAGAAGCUGAGUUUGUCCCAGGCUGCGAUCGCUGACCUACUGGAGAGCCUGGUCAAGACAAGAACAUGUCGAUGAAGGACAGGAAGGAGAAGCUCAAGCAGAUAACAAGUUAGAUGGCAUGUUGUCUGAACGCUUUCAUAUUUUCCAUCGAACUACAACUUUGUUUACAACUUAUGAUUUGAAAUUCUAACUAAGGUGUUAAAAAAAUAUAAAGUUAAUCAAAGUCUAAUACAUUUUUCUAUGAUUAGUUUCAUAGGCAGUAUCCAGACAUUUACUCUGGCCAUUUUCCAACCACUGAGAUUAACCAAAGAGCAAGCCACCAUUGCUGAUAAGUAUGAAUAGACCACAAGCUUUUAGUAUUAGAAACUGAAGGUACAUUUUGUACAUUUUGAAAGGUGGGAGGACUAUACAGGUGAGAUCACCUCCCAAUUUAGACUGCAAGUAUGUAACAAUUAUCUUUAGGGUUGAAUUAUGCAUAUUUUAUGUUGAGUAAUGUGUUUUUGUGUAUGUUAUUUUGAAACUACUGCAGUAGUUAUCUUUAGUGCACCAAUUAAGUUACUUUGAUUUCUUAUGGAGUAUAAUAAGAGACUAAAGCAAACCAAGAUUAGAUUUGGUGUUUUUCUGUCAAUGUUGCAAUUGAUCUACAUUCAUACACUACCAUUAACAGAGUAUACAGUAUUCAAACUUUAAAACGUUUGAGUUUUUUUAGGGAUUACGUUUGUUACUGUGUGAUUUGUCUACCUAGUUCAUUAGGUUUGUAUGAAGUGCUCAUAACAUUUUGUAUCCACGUUUCACUUUUCUUGCAUUGCACUUUUCUGUAGAUCUUUCAUCUAAUGUAUUUUUUUUAUUCCAUAACAUUCUCUUAAAGUUAAGCUCAAACUGCUUUAUUUUAUAUUUUGGGCUUGGGAUUUGUCUCUAUUUUCUUACCUGGCAAGUUAUGUUCAGCCAUUUCGGAUACAGAAAAGUUUUGCACUAUUUUCUGUCAUUUUAAAAGAAUGGUAGCUUUGACCAAUCAAUACAAUUGUUAAUAUAUAUAUAUGAUAUCUGCCAUAAUAUGUAUUUUUAUGCCAUCGAUGAAGUCUUAAUAAACCUUUUGGAAUCCGUUU